CUUCAAUUUCAAUUAAAAUCGUAGUGAUUUGUGAAUAGGGGUCGAUAGUUUCGACCUUCAACUUAGGGCAGAAGACGUAGUAGUGCAAAAGAGAUCAGGAUGACGGCGCCUGGCAAAAAGCCAGUAUUGGUUCGACAAGUCUUUGCUGAAGACUUGGAACGUGAGUUUGCGCUAAUCCGUAGUGCAAUUGAUAAGUACCCUUUUGUCUCCAUGGACACAGAGUUUCCUGGUACGAUUUUCAAACAAGAUAAAAACCUCAUUCAUCAAGCUGAUCCUGCUAUCAAUUAUCUGUUCAUGAAAUCCAAUGUUGAUGCCUUACGUAUUAUUCAACUUGGUUUAACUCUCGCUGAUUCUCAAGGGGUGAGCCAUCAGGCAGGGUCGGACAGUCUGCUAACCCUUCAAUGCUUGAUGGAACUGAAGCAGUCGAAGGUUUUUGAUCGCAUCAACAAUGACCGAAUGCUGCCUGCUCUCGCAUUGUAUGGACUGGUUACAGUGUUAGGAUGAUAAUCCCCAUUUAUUAUUUUUGUUAAUUCUUUUUAGUUUAUGAUAUUGCAUUAAGAGUUUUCGUUAGCAAUUCUAAAGUUUUUCUUAUCUCCGA